CAGACUACACCUUCAAGAAUCAAAACAUAGGAAGCUUCUCACAGAACAAACUGAACAUUACCCAGUGAGGUUAUCCGUGGUCUAGAUGCUGCCAUCAUGAGACCGGAUGACAUUAACCCCCGGACUGGAAUGGUGGUGGCUUUUUGCAGCAUCUUCUUGGUUUUUGGGUUUAUGUUUACAGUCUCCGGAAUGAAGGGUGAGAUGUUGGGAGAUAUUCCCUUAUUCGCCAUUGGGUUAGCGCUAUUCUUGCCCGGAACUGGCGCAAUCAUUUUGGCUAGAAAGACUGACGGUUGUACAAAUUGCCUGUGUUGCUCGCAGUGUUGUCGCGGGAAAAAGGAAAAGAAUAAGGAAGGUUUGGAGUUGCUGGAAGUCCCUUGGGGCCUGGAGUCUGGGAAAGGGGGUUAUGAUGACUUAGACAAAGAUAGGCAUCUGAGAUCAGGGGAGGAUUCUGUGUCCACAACAACCACUGUUGGGGAAUCCCGGAGUCUGAUCCGAAGGGUAGACCAAGAAGAGGUGAUACGUUACCUUGAGGCUUGCUAUUCUUCCAGUGUCUUCACCAGGGUCCAGGAUGUCACCUCUUACAAUGUCCUAGAUCGCAUGUGGGCCCCCAGAGACAGCAUUGCCUACACUGCAGCUCAUAACAGUGUGGUAUAUCUGCCUAGAGACAGCAUUGUGGGCUACACACACAGGGACAGCACUCCCUAUGGAGGGUACUGCUGCUACAUCAACCCAGGGGAUUUCAGCUGGAGCCAUGAAACUGUUGUCUGACUGCAUUUUGAGGGAUUAUGGUCCUCUCUAUGGUUUGAAUUGCAUGAAACUCUUUGAUACAAGUUUAAACAAUGGGAAGUAAU